AUGAAUAAUUCUGAAAUUAUUAAAGUCAAUGAUGAUAUAACAACAAUAAAACAUAAAAAACAUGGAAAAUUUAGUCGUUUCUUUUCACAUUUUAAACAUAAAUCACAUCAUGAUCAUGAAUUGAAAAUGAAAACAGUAACACCUUCACCUAUAUUACCAAUAUGUUCUAUGAAUCCUGAAUCAUUAGAGACUAUAUCAUCGAUAAAUCCACAUUCACAUGGUUGUUCAACAAUUUCUAAUUGGUUUACUGGUAAAAAUAAAGAAAAUGUUCAUGAUAAAAGAUCAAGUGUAAAACGGAGAAAAUAUGAAGAAAUUCAAGGAACUGUAAUAGGUACAUAA